GCUGGAGCGGGGAGAGCCGGAGGCUUGGCCUGUCCGUCUGUCCGGCCGGCCAGGGGGCACCUUGCAGGCUCCGGACGGCCUGCGGCGGGGAGCGCCCGGGAAAAUGGCAUAAACAAGAAGAUGAGCUGACCCCUUGGGCACUACCAGCUGUGGGUACCCAUUUUUCACCGAUAUUAAUCUUUUAAACAAAAACAAUGGAGUUCUUAAACUCUUCUGAUCAAAAUUUCACCUCAGAGGAACUGCUCAACAAGAUGCCAUCCAAAAUUCUCGUGUCCCUUACUCUGUCUGGUCUGGCACUGAUGACAACCACCAUCAACUCUCUUGUGAUCGCUGCAAUCAUUGUGACCCGGAAGCUGCACCACCCGGCCAACUAUUUAAUUUGCUCCCUGGCAGUCACAGAUUUUCUUGUAGCUGUCCUGGUGAUGCCUUUCAGUAUCGUGUACAUUGUGAGAGAGAGCUGGAUUAUGGGGCAAGUGUUAUGUGACAUUUGGCUGAGUGUGGACAUUAUCUGUUGCACGUGUUCCAUCCUACAUCUUUCAGCUAUUGCUCUGGAUCGGUACCGAGCCAUCACAGAUGCUGUGGAGUAUGCCAGGAAGAGGACCCCCAAGCAUGCUGGCAUAAUGAUUACAAUCGUGUGGGUCAUAUCUGUGUUCAUCUCUAUGCCGCCGAUAUUCUGGAGGCACCAGGGGGCAAGCCGAGAGGAUGAGUGCAUCAUAAAGCAUGACCACAUUGUUUCCACUAUUUACUCCACAUUUGGAGCUUUCUACAUACCACUCGUGUUGAUUCUGAUCCUCUACUACAAAAUAUACAGAGCAGCCAGGACACUGUAUCACAAGAGACAAGCAAGCCGAAUUCUAAAGGAAGAGCUGAAUGGCCAAGUCCUCUUGGAGAGUGGUGAGAAGAGCAUCAGACUGGUCUCCACAUCCUAUGUGCUAGAAAAAUCCUUAUCUGAUCCCUCCACAGACUUUGAUAAAAUCCACAGCACAGUGAAAAGUCCCAGAUCUGAGCUGAGGCAUGAGAAAUCUUGGAGAAGGCAAAAGAUCUCAGGCACCCGAGAGCGCAAAGCAGCCACAACCCUGGGGUUGAUAUUGGGGGCAUUUGUAAUAUGUUGGCUACCAUUUUUUGUAAAAGAAUUGGUUGUUAAUGUCUGUGAAAAAUGUAAAAUUUCUGAAGAAAUGUCAAACUUUUUGACAUGGCUUGGUUAUCUGAAUUCCCUUAUAAAUCCGCUGAUUUAUACCAUUUUUAAUGAAGACUUUAAGAAAGCAUUCCAAAAGCUUGUGCGAUGUCGAUAUUAGUUUAAAGAAAGUUCAUUAAAAGGUGGAUGCUUAAUUUCUUUGGUGGAAUAAACAAAUAAAUGAAAACAAAACAUUUAAACUUUUAGAGGAAAUAUAAU